UCUCGUAAUACCAAUAGUAUUUUGAUUUAGAUGAUUCAUACAUAAUUAAGGCCUAAUUUUCAGUUCUUUAGAAUUUAUGAAGAUAUAAACAGUAUCUAUAAACUAACUGAUUAUAACACAACAGAAUUGGAUACCAUUCUCAUUAUUUGGUUAAAAGUCUGUCACUGUCUGAUAAAAGAAUCGAAUCAGAAAUUAAAACCUCCUGGAGAAUUUGCAAAUGAUUGA